UUGUAGUUUCGCGGCAGGCAUGUGAGGUGUCCGCGACUGAAACUGCCUAAGUUCGUACUCGUCUCGCGGUGCACGUUGCAGUUUUACCGGUGCGCGACCCGCGGUCUUUUCAAUUUCCUUUUCUCGAUCGACGUCCACCGUUUCCCUGCGCCCUGUUUACUUUGUGUGAGUUUUUUUUCACCGUCAGACCCACCCGACGACCGAUUGAAGAGAAACGCACAAAUAAGAGGAUAUUUAAUGAAUUCGUCCGUGAAAUACAGAGGUAAGGACGUACAGCCCGAGGAGCCCGGCCCAGCAGAUUUCGAAAAGGCGAUAGUAAAAUCUGGUUAUGGAAAGUUCAACUACUUGUUGCUGCUAGCUGUGCUGCCUGCCAGUUUCUCCAGCAUCUUCUCGUCGUCAGCGAUAUCGUACGUGCUGCCGUCCGCGGAAUGCGACCUGGGCCUCACUAUGAUCCGCAAGGGUCUACUCAACUCGAUGACAUUCGCAGGUAUGAUCAGCUCUUCGUUUUUCUGGGUAUUCAUGACCGAUACGUAUGGUCGUAGGAAGAUCAUGUUUUAUGGUUACAUGUUCACCGGGAUCUUGAGUCUGGCGACAUGUUUCUCGCAUACCUCUUGGAUUUUAAUUUUGUUCAAAUUUCUCGACGGCGUGAUUAUAUCUGGCCCGUACGCUGCCUUGAUGUCGUAUUUGGCGGAAUUACACAACGAAACACAACGAUCUCGAACCUACAUGUGGUUAGGUGUAUUUUUUUCGCUUGGAAAUAUUUCCUUGCCUUGCAUCGCGUGGCUGAUCAUACCACAGAAAUGGAAUAUAAAUAUCCUGAGCAGAACGGUAGAAAUCAGCUCUUGGAGAGUGUUUCUGGCAAUUUGCUCGUUACCAGAGUUUCUUGCUUGUAUAGCAAUAUUCGCGUUCCCCGAAAGUCCGCGUUUUCUCCUGUUGAAAGGCAGAAGGGAAGAGGCUUUGGAGGUUUUCAAGAAAAUCUACUCGGUUAAUACAGGCAAUGAUCCAGAUACAUAUCCGAUAAAGGAUCUUCAGGAUGAGUAUUCCGUUAAAACUACGAAAGAGAACUUCAAGGAUAAAGUGAGAUCGUGCUUGCAACAGGUCAAACCCCUUUUCUUGCCACCCAAUGUCUACAAACUCUUCGCGAUCAGUUUGAUUCAACUUGGCGCAACACUAGGAUCGAACUCAAUCAGACUGUGGAUGCCUCAAUUGUUCUCAAUGAUGGAACAUUUCAAGAACAACUACCAUACGAUCGAAUACUCGAGUACGCAGCCACGCUUCUGCUAUAUGUUAGGCCAAGAUCAAACGAAUAGUUUCCCAACAAGUUCCGUUAAUGGAACUUUAAGCCUUGCACACGAGUGCAUACCGGCGGAAUUGAAUGCAAGAGUGUUUAUUAAUUCCAUCGUGAUAGCUACUACAGGAGUUAUCGGGUAUACGUUGGCUGGCACGUUAAUUACCGUGGUAGGAAAAAAGAAACUCAUAGCGACCUGUUUCAUGGUAGCAGCUGCCUGCUGCGGAUCUCUUUAUUGGGCGGCAAGCUCAAACAGUAUUCUCGGUUUAUCUUCAGUUUUCGUCGCUAUGUCGAGCAUAGGCGGUGCUUGUGUCGUAAACGUUAUUGUCGAUAAUUUUCCAACGCGUUUCAGGACUAUGGCAGUUAGCUUAACUAUGAUGAUUGGUAGAUUUGGAGCAGUUUUAGGCAAUACAUUGUUCCCAGUUCUGUUCAAAUUGUCCUGCCUGGGUCCCUUCGUUAUGAUUGGAUGUGCUUCUCUAGUAUCAGCCUUUUUGGUGCUUCUUUUACCUCGAAAGAAGCCACAAACGGAAAAAUCAAAGGACAUAGCUUGACAUCAGUGUUUACGAAUAUUGAGGUCAACUUAGCCGAUUGAAAUUGUAGCAUCAGCUAAUUAUAGCUGAAAGGAUUACGUGUAAAUAUACUUUGUCCCUGGUCUUUCACCAACUGUGUAAUUUGGGUGCAUGAUUUUUCAUCAUGUAAAUAUGUAAAUACAGUGCAAUUGCACUCAUGUAGCAUUAAGGUCUCCUCACGUUUUAUAUGUGUGCGUGAAAUCAAGCGAGCCGCGGAACUGAGUGCGUGUCGUAAGUGAGAUUUUUAGUAAAUCUCGUGACUGCAUGGCAUGAAAUUAUUUUAGAACGAUUCCCUAUCGGUUUUAAAUAAUCUACCAGCCAGUGAAUUGUUAAGUAGUACAUUAAUUAAAUAUCAAAAUAACGUAUUAAUGAAACAGCAAUCUUGUUAUACAAUAAAUCCGUUUUAUUAUUGUUUU